AGACCUAGUGGACAACAAAGCUCGUGGUGGCUCGAGGCUGAACAGGCUGAUUGAGAAUCCUCUCUAGCCAGACUUCCUGUGCAAGUGUCUGAAGCAGCCAUGGCAACUGUUCCUGAACUCGACAGUGAAAUGAUAGCUUUCCACAGCGAUGAGAAUGACCUGUUCUUUGAGGUUGACGGGCUCCAAAAGAUGAAGAGCUGUUUCCAAAGCCUUGACCUGAGCUAUCCAGAUGAGAGCAUCCAGCUUCAAAUCUCCAAGCAGGACCUCAACAAGAGCUUCCGGCAGGUGGUGUCAGUCAUUGUGGCUGUGGAGAAGCUGUGGAACACCCCUGUCCCUUGCCCGUGGACCUUCCAGGAUGAGGACCUGAGAACCUUCUUUUCCUUCAUCUUUGAAGAAGAGCCCAUCUUCUGUGACUCCUGGGAUGGUGAGCUGAUCGUGGCUGAUGCUCCCAUUCGACAGCUGCACUGCAGGCUCCGAGAUGAACAACAGAAAUGCCUCGUGCUGUCUGACCCCUGUGAGCUGAAAGCUCUCCAUCUCAACGGACAGAACAUAAACCAACAAGUGGUGUUCUCCAUGAGCUUUGUACAGGGAGAAACAAGCAACAACAAGAUACCUGUGGCCCUGGGCCUAAAGGGAAAGAACCUGUACCUGUCCUGUGUCAUGAAAGGUGACACGCCCACCCUGCAGCUGGAGAGUGUGGACCCCAAACAAUACCCAAAGAAGAAGAUGGAAAAGCGGUUUGUCUUCAACAAAAUAGAAGUCAAAACCAAGGUGGAGUUUGAGUCUGCGCAGUUCCCCAACUGGUACAUCAGCACCUCUCAAGCAGAACACAAGCCUGUCUUCCUGGGGAACAACAGCGGCCAGGAUUUAGUUGACUUCACCAUGGAAUCCGUUUCUUCCUAGGAGGCCCAUGUGUGAAGCUUCAGGCCCUAAUGCUGACACACGAAGAAUAGGCUGAACUACUUCUAAUGCCCUCCCCAGAACAUGUUAAGGAACUCCAUUGUCACCAAUGAGGGGACAGCUCUGUGUCCAGGGGAAUCAUUAGUCCUCUGCCAAGCCAGGACUCCACACUUCCUGUGUUUUCAGAGACACCUUGACAGAAACCAUGGCACAUUCUGUUCUGUCUCUUCUUCCUGGUCUCUGAUGGACAACCACUUAUCUGUUUAUUUAUGUAUUUAUUGAUUGAUCUAUUUAACUUAAUUGAGGGGAAUAUGAGGCAUGCCUACAGAAGAUUCCAGUUUUCAAUGUUUAUGGAAUAAAUUGAAUUUGAAUCCA